AUGUUUGAAAGAGUUGCUACUGAAAUAAUGGCAAGUAGAAAAUUCGAUCUUAGAGGGGGGGAGUACACCGACUUAACCGAGGAAAAUUCACAGCCACCUACAAAUGUUCUUGGUAUGAGCUGGGAUAAGAAAUAUGAUACUCUUCAAGUGAGUACAAGUUGCAUUAAAGAGCUUAACAUUGAGAAAGUAACAAAAAGAACCAUCCUGUCAGCUGCACAUAGACUUUUUGACCCCUUGGGUAUGAUCUGUCCUGUAACGUUGAUCCCAAAAUUGCUUCUUCAGAGCAUUUGGAAGUUGAAACUGAAUUGGGAUGAUGAUGUUGAGGAAAACAUCAGAAGAGAAUUUUUGAAAUGGAUUGAAGGUGUACUGUAUAUUGAGAAAAUUAAUAUUCCAAGGUAUUUUGGACUAAGUGGAGCCAAGAAGUCUUCCAUUCAUUUCUUUUGCGAUGCAAGUAAAUUGGCCUAUGCUGUGGUUGUUUACAUUAGAGUGGAGUCUGAGAAUAAUGUACGAGUUCAAUUACUACAGGCGAGAAGUAGAGUAGCCCCUACAGGAAAAGGAGAAAUUACCAUAGCACGACUUGAACUUCUGGCAGCAACCAUUGCAUCUCGUCUUUCAACUUCAAUUUUGUCUGAGGUAACUCAUGAUGAAGUGUUUUUUUGGUCAGAUUCCACAACUGUUUUGGCCUGGAUCAAAAGAAGUGAACCAUGGGCCAUUUUUGUUUAUAAUCGAGUGCGUGAAAUCAGAGAGCAGACUGAUGUUAACAACUGGAGACAUGUUCCUGGGACGAUGAACCCAGCUGAUUUGCCAAGUAGAGGAUGUUCUGCACAACAACUUCUGCGAUUGCAAUGGUCAGAGGGUCCCAGUUGGUUGCACUUACCUCAAGAUUUGUGGCCUUCGUCUGAAGAUGUCGUUAAUGAGGAGGAAGUAAACUGUGAGAAAAGAAAAGGUGUCACAACCUCAAUGAUAAAUUUUGAAGUGACAAAACUUUUGAGUUCUAAUAUUUCUGACUAUCGAAAAAUUGUACAUACUAUGGUAUGGGUGAAGAGAUUCCUUUUUAAUUGCAAAAAUGAAGAAAGAAGAAAAGGAGAUCUUUCUGUUAAGGAAUUAGAAGAAGCUGAGAAAACUACUGUAUACUUAAUACAGCAGGAGACCUUUACAGGAGUUUCAGAUAAACGCCUUAAAACUCUAGAUGUAUUUAUUGAUGAGAAAAGAAUCUAUAGAUUAAAAACAACUGUAUAUAAAAGAGAUGAUUUUGAAGAGUUUAGAACACCUGCUAUUUUACCUGGAGCGAAUUCUAUAGUAAAACGUUUAGUACUGUUUGAACAUAAGAAAAAUGGACAUGCUGGUGUUUCCUACACAUUGAAUUCUCUUAGAGAAAGAUUUUGGCUACUGUGUGGUAGAAGAACAGUAAAAUCUGUAUUGAGAUCUUGCGUCGUCUGCAAGCGUUUUUCUGCCAAAUCUGUAGAUACACCAACUGCAUCACCACCAGCUGAUAGAGUUCAAGAUGCAGCUGUUUUCCAAGUAACGAGAGUGGACUUUGCUGGUCCUGUGAUUUUGAAAGACAAUUCAAAGGCCUGGAUAUGCUACCUGUGCCGUUUAUAG